AUGCCCGACAAAGCUAGUUUAUUGGGUAAGAGAAAGCCGGAAGAUGAUUUGGUGAACGAACCGAUUCUGAGGAAACACAAGGAAAUAUCCGAGGAGAAGGAGACAACGAAAGGAUUUGCUGAGCAGAACAAAGGAAGGGUUGAGUUGUUGGAGACAAAGUCUGAUCACGCUAAUUUAAGCUCGGUGAAGGAAGUUUCCGUGAUAAAAAAGACACUCUCUGUUGCCAAUCUCUCUCCCCAAACUGAAAUAUCAGAUCUCAUCGAUUUCUUCAAAGAUGUUGGAGAAGUUGUUCGUGUUCGACUUACUGUAAGCCGCGAGUGGAUUCAUAAAUGCUGUGGCUUUGUUGAGUUUGCUUCUGCUAACGAAGCAAAGAAGGCUCUGCAAGAGAAGAAUGGUGAAUACUUGCACGAUCAUAAGAUUCUUCUUAAGGGUGUGUCUAAUAGGGCUGCAAACACUCCACCCAAGUUUAUCAUAGAUCACAAGGUUUGGAACGAAGACUACCUUCAACGAGAAAGCCUUCCGAUCCUUCCUACUAAAGAAGAUGAGACACCUCCUGAUUUUGUUGAGGAUGUACUCUUUGUUGCCAAUCUUUCUCCCCAAACAAAUAGAAUAAUACAUAUCAUCGAUUUCUUCAAAGAUGUUGGAAGAGUUGUUGGUGUUCGACUUGUUGUAGACGGCAAAGGCAAGCAUGUGGGCUAUGGCUUUGUUGAGUUUGCUUCUGCUUACGAAGCAAAGAGGGCACUGGAAGAGAAGAAUGGUGAAUAUUUGCACGAUCACAGGAUCUUGUUGAUGAAAGGACUUGACGAAACUCCCGAUUCUCUUGAGGCAGCUUCCGUAAGAAAUAAGACGCUCUUUGUUGUUGAUCGCUCUCACCAAACUGUAAUAUCAGAUAUCAUCGAUUUCUUCAAAGAUGUUGGAGAAGUUGUUCAUGUUCGACUUAUUGUAGACAGCAAGGGCAAGCAAGUGGGCUAUGGCUUUGUUGAGUUUGCUUCUGCUGACGAAGCAAAGGAGGCGCUGGAAAAGAAGAACGGUGAAUGUUUGGACGAUCGCAAGAUUAUUCUUCGUGUUGUUGAGACAGCUCCAUACCCUCGACAACCCAAGUAUUGCAUCGAUCACAAGGUUUGGUACGAAGACUACCUUCAACGAGAAAGGCUUCUGAUAAAAGAAGAUGCAGCAGUGGAAGGACUUGAUGAAACUCCAGAUUUUGUUGAGGAAGUUGCCGUAAGAAAAAAGACGCUCUUUGUAGACAAUCUCGCUUACAACAUUAGAAUAUCACAGAUCAUCAGUUACUUCAAAGAUGUUGGAGAAGUUGUUCGUAUUCGACUUAUUGUAGACCACAUGGGUGAGCAUGUGGGCUGUUGCUUUGUUGAGUUUGCUUCUGCUAACGAAGCAUUGAAGGUGCUGAAGGAGAAAAAUAGUCGUACGUUGAUUCUUGACAAGGCUGAGAUAGCUCCAUAUCCUUUCCGACCCAAGUACAACCUUGCAGAGAAGCUUUGGUACGAAGACAACCUUCGACGAUUUAGCCUUGAUUUGGAGACCAAACCGGAACCGAAGAAACUCAGUGAAAAACCUCUUUGGUGCGGAGAGAAGAAAAUAUUUUCUGCCGACGACUGA